AAACUAAUGAAGCAAUAGAAAAGAAUGUAUCUAUAGUUAACAAUGAAUUAAAUUCUUUUGAACAUCAAGUAACUAUAGAAAUAAACAAAUUCUUUGAAGAAAAUAUUAUUAAUAAAUUACUAAUAGAUCAAAAAAUUAUAAAGCUAAUAAAUACAGAUAUUAUUAACCAAGAGACUGCAAAUUCUACUAAUAAAAAACAACAAGAAGUUACAAGAAUAGAGGCACUAAAUGUGUUUGAUAUACUCUCUAUAUAUUUAUUAUAA